AUGACUCAGUUCUACGCCAUACAGCUUCGCGAGGCAACCAAGACUAUCGAGAAACUACGUCAAGAAAAUGUGGCGUUACGUAUGGGUGAUCAAAGCCAAGUUGCCAAGCUCAAGGAUACAAUUUCCGAGCAGCGAUUUCAGAUUCAAGCCUUGCAGAACAAGCUUGAUAUGUGGCAGAUGAUGUCCAAUGGCCCAUCCCUCUUUCAUUCGCAGCCUGUUGGACGUUCGGCCAACCUCUCUGCUGAAGGCUAUUGGAAUGCCACUCGCAGGCACGACUACACCCCCCAAGCGGCGGCUGAUUCUUUUGAACAAGCAAGCGCUGGUGGAGCUAUGAAUUCUUUUGGAAAAUCCGGGAUCCCCACUUGCGAUGGAUCUUUGAAUGAAAAUUGUGGGCACAAUUUCCCUCGUCAUGACUUCACCGGAGGAUCAGCGGACUCUUUUGGACAAGCUGGCAGCGCUACUGGAGCCGCGGAGUCAUUUGGACGCGCCAGCAACCUCGCGGGCGAUGGCUCUUCCCGAUCUGCCUCUCAUGGAGUCAACAAUCAAUACUAG